GCUGCGCCCGCGUCGCGGCGGGCCCCUGCAGUCUGCUACCUGGCCGGGCACGUGAUGGGUCGCCCACGAGCGCCGCUGCUGCUGGCGGCUGCCCUCUGCGUCUGCGCCGCGCUCUGCUCGCAAGGAUGGGCGCUGCGCUGCUACUACUGCAACUCCAAGGGUAACGCCAGCUGCGGGGACCCGUUCUCUCCUGAGCUGGCCAAUCUCGUCAACUGCUCGCGCCCUGAGCAGCUCUGCGGCAAGAUCACACACGUCGCUGACCGCGGGGCCGACGUGGAGCGGCGCUGUGUCUCCGGAGGCGGCUCCGCAUCUUGGGCCAGCGGCCACGUGUACACGUGCGGGCACGACGCCUGUAACGGGGCGGGCCGCCUCCGCCCACCUGCAGCUGCCCACGCCGUGCUGUCGCUCGCUGUCUUCGCCGCCGUGGGCCGCACCUUGUGACUGCUUCGCGCCCGCCAGCCGGCUGCUGAUAAGCAGUGGAAACCGCCGUAGUGGAUAGCGACCAGCCAAAGUGGUGGCGGUUCAGUUUCAGAUUGCAGUGCUACACAUCUGGCGGGAGCGCCACUGUAGUCUCAGCCUAGACAGUUAUCUCGGAUAUAGGACUAAAAAGCGCCAUCCAAAUGAUUUCCCCAAUAUGCCCACUUACUUUAGAAACGAUGAUUUGUAUGGUUGAGUGAUGAAUCAGUCAUAUAAGCUAAAUACCCUACACGAGGUGCAUCACAAAAUGAGAUAAUGCAGACGCACAAUCUCGAUUCAGUAAGUACGCUAACCCGCAGUUUAAAUAGAAGAGAGCACUGACAAAACUAUCCGAUGUACGAGGAUGAACUUGACUAGAGAGACUGCGGAAUUGCAUAAACGUAAAAAGGGACAGUUUUGGCUUAAACCGUAAAGAAAAUGACGAAACAAUUCAAUUUACGUCCUACUCUCCGGCCUAGUUGUGUUCACAGCUUUGUUUCCGCUCUCCAUCUCUCCAGUUAUACUCUUACUAAUGCUAACGUGGCAGCACAUAUUGUUUUACUCGCAUCUGAAAAAUAUGGGGAGAAACAGCAUCCCCAUACGACCUCGUGCUGUUCACUCCUUCCUUGUGUCUUGCAUGAAAGUUGGAACUUCUCUGUGGGGCUGCUCUCUAAUGGAAGUUCAUUAACAGGAAGGAAAAACUACUUUUUACAAUAUUCUUCAUGUAGAUAAAUUGGAUAUACUCUGAAAAUGUUUCUCAUUCGCGACUGCCAAGUCCUUUAUAAACAUUUUACCUCUCUUAGAAACGAAAUACACUCCUGGAAAUUGA